AUGCGUGCGGCCCCCGCUCCCCCGGGGCUCGUCGGCCCCCCGGGCGGCGCGGCGGCCACCGGGCAGGCCCCGCGGAGGGCGGCCUGGCCGCGGGGCCUCGGCGGGCCGGCGCGGGCCCCGCGGCGCCGGCAGCGGGGAGCGGGGGUCACAGAUGGCGGCCGGGGUGCGCGGCGAGGGCUGGGCAGCGGCAGGGGCGAGGCCGGGCGGAGGCCCCGCGGGAGCCGGACUCCCGAGCCGGGCUCCAUUGUUGUCGGAGCCGAGGGAAGGGGGAGCGAGACCGCUUACGAAGCCCGUGGAGCCGCGCCUUGGAGCCUUUCCAGGCGGGUCCCCGGAGAGGCGAGCGCCCUGCGUCCCAGCAGAGCCGGCCGAGCCCCCUGCCCAGGUGAUGAGGAAGCCUUCGCGCCCCCAGCGCAGAUCGCCGCCGCCGCUGGACGCCUCCUCCAUUGUUUGACCACAACAAGGGCCGGAUUCUCACCCAGGUUACCAGCCCCGAGAGAGGGAGGUGGAGGGGAUCCAGGAGAUUCGAGGAGAAAGGAGGACACUGGGGACGUUGCUGUCGUGACUGCAAAGCGGCAACUGAAAAUCCUGGAAAGCGUGUACCGAAGGCUUUCAGAAGAAUUUGUGGAGGCCUGGUGCCCACCCGAGACCUGCAAAUCUAAGAGAUACAUCUCUCUGGAAGAUAAGAGAGCUUCUUCCUCGAGAUCAAAAAAGGAGACUGGAGUGAUACCCAUGUAGGGAAUCCCCAGAAGGAAGGAUUGGCACACGUGGAACCCAAGGAGCUUGCUUCCUGGGAAGGCUUCUGUCUGAUGUGUAGGAGGCAGAAUGUCAUACUGACUCUUCAAGGGGAGGCUACAGGGGAUCGAGAUCAACACGCAGUAUCUCACCCUCCACCACAGGGGACACUGUGCGGUCCUUCUUCUAGAAGUGGGAAGUACGAGAUUGUUCUACAAGAAGAAGAUUCCGGGGGCUUAAAAACGCAGAGGUUUGCACCUUGGGAGCCCCUUGGAAUGUUGACAACUCAGGAUCUGAAGGAAAGUUCUGUGUUCAUGAGUUACAGAAUUCAUGUGGGAGUAAAUGUCACUUUAUGAUCAGUAAUAAUACCGAGUGAGGAGCACUAUGCAGGAAGAAACCUUCCAUAGAAAGACGGGCAGGGAGAAGCUUAGGCCAACCAUAGCCCUACCGAAUAGAGCAAGCCUGAGAUAAACUGCCAGGAUGGCCAAAUAAGAGACUCUAUGAAAUAGCAAUCCUUCAACUAUAGUAGUCGUAAGGAAAUUUCCUCCUCUAAAUCACGAUACCAAAUAGGAAAAAUGAUCUACAAGUGCCCCAUGUGUAGGGAAUUUUUCUCUGAGAGAGCAGAUCUUUUUAUGCAUCAGAAAAUCCACACUGCUGAGAAGCCCCACAAAUGUGAUAAGUGUGAUAAGGGUUUCUUUCAUAUAUCAGAACUUCAUAUUCAUUGGAGAGACCACACAGGAGAGAAGGUCUAUAAAUGUGAUGAUUGCGGUAAGGAUUUUAGUACUACAACAAAACUUAACAGACAUAAGAAAAUCCACACAGUGGAGAAGCCCUAUAAAUGCUAUGAGUGUGGCAAAGCCUUCAAUUGGAGCUCACAUCUUCAAAUUCACAUGAGAGUUCAUACAGGUGAGAAGCCCUAUGUCUGUAGUGAGUGUGGAAGGGGCUUUAGUAAUAGUUCAAAUCUUUGCAUGCAUCAGAGAGUCCACACGGGCGAGAAACCCUUUAAAUGUGAAGAGUGUGGGAAGGCCUUCAGGCAUACUUCUAGCCUCUGCAUGCAUCAGCGAGUUCACA